CUUUUGGAUAUCCCGGCGGAUUAGGGGGUUACCGCCUAUAAAAUUCAAAAACGCCCCGUAAGAAGUUAGUUUUUAAAUCAUUUUCAAGGAAAACAGUUCACCUACAAGCUCCAAAGGACCCCGCCACAAUGCAAGUUUUUGUGAAAACCCUUUCGGGUAAAACCAUUACUCUUGAAGUUGAAUCCACAGAUAAAAUAGAAACAUGUAAAGCUCAAAUAGAGGAGAGGGAGUAUAUUUUACGAGGCCAGCAGGAGCUGAUAUUUGCUGGCAAACAACUUGAAGAUGGACGCAGGUUAUCAGAUUAUAAUAUUCGGAAGGAGUCAACUCUACACCUUGUUUUACCAUUAAGAGGAGGAGGAAUGCCAGGAAUUAUAGAACCUACCCUGAGAAAGUUAGCUGAGAAAUAUAACUGUGAAAAAUUAAUCUGUCGCAAGUGUUAUGCUAGGUUGCACCCAAAAGCAACGAAUUGCAGAAAGAAAAAGUGUGGCCACAGUAAUGACUUACGACCCAAAAAAGAGCUCAAGGAUUUCAAAGGAAAAUGCUGAUUGUAAUAAAUAUUCGUUCGCAGUAUGCAGAUCUAUUUAUAUAUAUUGAAAGUUUAUAUUUCGUAAAAUUGUAAAUAUUUUUUACUUAUUGAAAUUUAGAUUAGAAAAAAUUAAAUCAAUCAGUAAUUGUACCCAAUUUUUCUCAAUAAAAUGUAAAUAGAAAUUGCCAUAAUCAAACAUGCUCAAAGGUGGAACUUCAAUCUAUAUUCUUCCACCUCCAAGGGCAAAAUUGAAAACUAUACAUACCACCAAUUUGAGAAAAAAUGUUUCGAAUAUAUUUCUUUACCGGAAAUAAAUGUUUCAAAGACAAACAUUUUUUAAGGGAAAAGUAACAGAAAUAUUAAAAAACAUGAAUACAAAAAAUAUCUAUUACUACAAUGAUACUGUCCAUAGUGUCAUGUGUCAUGUCAUGUCUUGUCUUUAGAGAUGUUUUCUGGCGUUUAUAGCAUUCAAGCAUGUUAUUCAAAAACGAUUCGUAGUGACGUCAGAUGUCAAAAUAAAUAAAGACAAACAUUUCAAUUUUCUCUAAUCUCAUUUAGAAUCGGAUUUAUGCAAGUAAUAAUUUCCCAGCUUUAUUUUGUACAAUCUUACAAUGUAUUUGAUAAAAUUUUUUCAGCAUUUUAUAAACUAUAACGAUCAAAAUAAAGCAGAAACUGACAUAAUAUAACUUCAAAUUCCGUUUCAAAACCACUUCACGCUAGUUUUGUGUAGUUUGUAAACGAACUAGGUCGGAAGAGCGAUCUUAUGAAUGAACUAUACGAACUAGUUCGCAGACCCGUCACUCCUUAGUUCGUCAGUUCGACGGCACUGAGGCAAGAAAUCGAGAGUAUCGAGAGAAAUCCAUGUUUUAUUUUUUUUAUUUAAUGUUUCUUAUUUCUUAACACAACGCAUAUGACGUUACUGUUAAAAUAAAACCAAGACUGUAAUGUUUUUUUAUGAGGAAAUGUCUGAAUUUAUUUUUAAGUGGGUAAGAACAUACCAGUUUUUCUGUGUCAUCAUUAGCAGAUAGAUAAAUACAAAUUAAUGUGUACUAGAUAGGUACUAAUUCCAAAGAUUAAAAAAUGAUUAUUUACAAACAGG